ACAUACAGUGCCUUUGUCACUUCCCCGCACAAGAGUUAGUUCUUCCACUACCUUCAUGGCUUGAGUUGGACAGUCGAGGAUGCGGACACACGGUUGCGCCAUUCGGAGCCAGUUGUCCGCGACUGGUGCGCUGUUGGGGUGACGACGCCUGGGGAUUCCUUCCCUUCCUGUGUCUCACUGAACGGCAGAUGCCGGCGGGGGAAACGACUGGUCUCAAAGUGCGAGAGGGGAGACGCCAUGCGCAGGACGAGGCAUGAAGUAGUGAAGCACUGAGCGAAGAUGGCGUAUAUACAGUUGGAACCUAUAAGCCAGGGGUUUCUGACCAGAAUAUCAGAUUUUAUUCUGUGUAGAUGGACUUGUAGGAAGUGCUGUCAAAAGUGCUAUGACUGCAGCUGCUGUCAGUCCAGUGAGGAUGAGGUGGAAAUUCUGGGACCGUUCCCCGCACAGACCCCGCCGUGGUUAAUAAAUGACCGUAGCAAUGAUCGAGAAACAGAUCUCGAGAAUACCAACAGUGAUCCUCCACCAACGCCUCAAGGCAUCUCACCCGACAGAAAGAGUUCCACGGCCACAUCGCGAUCCACAUACAGCCUCACAAGGCGGAUUUCAAAUUUCGAUUCCAUUAGGCGACCAAGCUCCCCUCUGGUUGAUAUCAAGCCUAUUGAGUUUUGGGCAAUAGGAUCAAAGAAGGAAAUAGUGCAGCCAAAGGUUUUCCGAAAGCCCACGUCGGAGGACUAUUUUCAAAAAUUUGAGCCCAGGCUCUACUCUGUUGAUUCAAGCAGUGAUGAUGUAGACUCUUUGACUGAUGAAGAAAUUCUCUCCAAAUAUCAGCUUGGCAUGCUACAUUUCAGUACUCAGUAUGAUCUCCUACACAACCACUUGAUAGUGAGAGUGAUUGAAGCCAGAGAUCUCCCUCCCCCGAUCUCAUAUGAUGGUUCAAGGCAAGAUAUGGCUCAUUCAAAUCCUUAUGUUAAGAUGUGCCUCUUGCCAGAUCAGAAGAACUCAAGACAAACAGGUGUUAAACGCAAAACACAGAACCCGGUUUUUGAGGAGCGAUAUACAUUUGAAAUCCCAUUUUUAGAAGCUCAACGGAGGACUCUCCUUUUAACGGUUGUGGACUUUGAUAAGUUUUCACGUCAUUGUGUCAUUGGAAAAAUUACAAUGCCCUUAAAUGAAGUAGACCUUGUGAAAGGUGGACAUUGGUGGAAAGCGCUAAUUCCAAGCUCUCAGAAUGAAGUUGAACUAGGGGAACUAUUGAUCUCUCUUAAUUAUUUGCCAAGUGCAGGAAGACUAAAUGUGGAUAUUAUUAGAGCAAAACAACUCCUUCAGACAGAUAUGAGCCAAAGAUCAGAUCCAUUUGUUAAAGUUCAGCUGGUGCAUGGAUUGAAACUCGUAAAAACAAAAAGAACAUCUUGCAUGAAGGGCACCAUAGAUCCAUUCUACAAUGAAACUUUCAGUUUUAAAGUUCAAGUAGAAGAAUUGGAGGAUAUCAGCUUAGUUUUUACAGUCUAUGGUCACAACAUGAAAAGCAGCAAUGAUUUUGUUGGUCGGAUUGUCAUUGGGCAGUACUCUACGGGUGCGCCCGAGUCCAAUCACUGGCGUCGGCUUCUGAACCUACACCGGACCUCAUCUGAGCAAUGGCAUAGCCUGCGUUCACGUGCUGAGUGUGACCGUGUAUCGUCAGCAUCACUGGAAGUAACGUGAUGGAGCCACCUCACCUACUCCCACCAGGGUGAAGCUUGCUGUUGUUACUACCGGAUGGAUAAAGAAAAGGCAGUAUCAGGUCACACAGCUUGACAAAGAGAAAUAAAAGCUUCUAUGCGGCAUUAAACAAAUGUAUUAGUAAAUUAAUUUUUGAAGUGCUAAAAAAUGAUUUGUAAUGGCCCAUAUUGUUAACAUACUGUCAUAAGCCAGUAGUGCAAGAAAUAACUUUAAGGUGAACGUGGCUGUCCCUAUUGUACAUUUAAAAAGAUCAGUAUGAGCUUACUUAGUGUAAGUAGUGAACUAGCUUAGAUUUGAAUUUUCUUGAUGGGGGCUCAUAAUUGUGGAAGCCAUUAAUAUCUGAAGGAUUACUGUUGUGUGGAUAUGACUAUAUUAUCUCUAGUGCUGUAUUUCUUUCCACCAUGCUUAUCAAUAAUCAGAAGCUGCUAUCAAUAGAUUAUUGAUAUAUUAGAUAGAUAUUUGAGCACAUUAUUGUUGUAAUGAUGAGCUGAGAUUCAUAGAACUGUUGCAUAAAUUGUGCAGAGCAGCUGUGAGCACUUGUAUUCCUAAUGUCAGGACUUCCUGCUAUUAAUAUUUUGGUAGAAUAAUAUAUUGAGGCAAUGUAUUUACAGAGUCUUGUGUGUUGGGUAUAUGGUAUUUGAGUCUUUAAUUGAAAGAUGUAUGGAUAUAAUUCUAAUUAUGCAGUCAGAAGGUUGCUAGUAAUAAACUAUUGACAUCUCUGUUUUAAUAGAUGCUUCAUUGCAAAUUUAGAGCAUAUUGUUUCGGUUCAGAGUGUAUAUGCCCAAUAAAGCAAAUGUAGAGGUGUAAUGCAUUCAUCUUGUUGUGCAUUUCUGAUGAUCAAGUUCGUUGAUAUUGACCCAAGUUAUAAAUAACAUGAUGAAGCAGAAGUCAACGAUACAUGCAUCUGUUAUGCUUAAAGGAAGAAAUGGUUCGUUUAUACAUGGAUAUCACAGAUACUUGUUCUCUGUUUUGUUAUAAAUGUACUGUACUUGCAUUUGAUGGGCUGAGACUGAGGAUUAAUCACAAAAUCUUUCUAUUUACAAUAUAUUGUUUGUUGAUCACUUGAAUGUAUUUAUCUGAAGUCAAACUGUAGAGAGUACUUUAAAAGUGAAUGAAUCCAAAAGUAGUUUUAACUAAUAUAUUUUGAAAUGAAAAGAUGUUGCCCAUCUUUUAAUGUGUGUAUGUGUUUAUGCAUAUGUAUGUGAUGUGACAAAUAUAUUAAUUCAUUAAAUUAAA